AUGACAUUAUUCUUUAACAUCAUACUUUCACAUUUAUCACAAGAAUCAAUCAAUUUAUUAAGAAAGGAUGGGAUCGAUAUAGUUUCGAAACCAAGAAAACUUUCAUUUAAUUACAUUGGAUUUUGCAAUUCUAUCGAUCAUCAAUUGAUUUACAUGUACAUUCAUGAGAUAUACAAUGGUAAUUAUUAUCAGAGGUUAUUAUUGGAGAAGGAAAUCCUUAACCUUUUUAUUAAUAAAUGCGUGAGAUUUGAUUACCUAAACAUUAAUGACAAGAUGAAAAUUCAAAUCCAUCAGUUCCCCGGGGUGAUGACAAGUCUAUCAAAGCUUUAUGAGUUACAUUGCACCUCAAAUAUCGAUCCAAUGAUCUUUUACGGGUUGGCUCAAAUCUGUAGAUUCAUAGAAAAAUUUAACAUAACCUUAUCAGGUGAUAAUCCCGGACUUGCCAUCUUGAUCGAAAAACAACAGAGAAUAAAAUACCUUCAACUUAAUUUACAGUAUGAAAAUGAUUUUUAUAAGGAAAGUGGUGAAUUCGAAAGGUAUGCUAGAAAUGAUAACAAUAAACAUAAAUAUGAAAGGUUGGAUGUUCACAUCCUCCUUACUAAUGCUCAGGAUCUCUUUGAAUUCGAAAAAUUGUUAAUCAAUUGUCAAAACUUGGAGAGAAUUAUCAUAGAUCCCUAUUUUGAAGAUAAUAAUAAGAUCGAUAGUAAUCAAUUAUUGGACAUAUUAAUUAAUUCGUCCCCCAUUAGCUUAUAUAAAAUUCAUAUCGGGAAUAGUUUAGAAUUUACCAUAGAUGCCUUGGAUUUAUUUUUUAAAAAAUGGCAAGGGAGAAAGCCUUUAUGGUUAUCUCCCGUUAAAUUGGUCGGUGAAUAUAUUAAUUGGGAUGAUAUUGAGAACAUCAAUGAUGAUGAAAUAAAUAUUUGUAAUGAGUUACUUAACUUGCUUAAAGAAUACAAAAUGAAGGGCGUCAUCAAAAAAUAUAGCAGCAUGAUUCCAAUAUUACCAAUCUCUGCAAAAGAGUUUGCAAGAUUUAUGAGUAGAUUUAAUCUAAAAUAUAAAGAAAGAUUAGGAGUCGCUGUGUCAGGAGGGGUGGAUAGCAUGGCACUAUGUUACUUAUUAAACCAAUAUUGUAAAAAAUCGGAACAUCAAAUUACGGCAUUUAUCAUAGAUCAUCAAUUAAGAAGAGAGAGUACAAAUGAGGCAUUUCAAGUUUCUAAUGCUUUAUCAAAGUUGGAAAUCGAUAAUAAAAUAAUGAGAAUUCAAUGGAAAGAUCAUGAUACAUCAAAUCUUAAUGAUUUCGUUUCUCCAUUUCCAACCAAAUCUCAAUAUGAAACAUUUGCUAGGAUUGAGAGGUAUAAAUUAUUAGCAAAAGGUUGUCAUGAGAAUAAGAUUUCUUCAUUGUUUGUAGGACAUCACUUAAAUGAUCAAUUAGAAACUUUAAUCAUGAGAUUAUCAAGAGGAAGCGGAAUUGAUGGACUAGCUUCAAUUUCGAUGAUUGAUAAAUUUCCUGUUAUAAGAAACGUUGAAGCCAUUGAAUUGCAAAUUAUUAGACCUUUAUUAUCUGUUACCAAGGAUAGAUUAAUAAAAACUUGUGUUGAAGCAAAUAUACCAUGGAUUGAGGAUCCUUCAAAUCAAUCAACAGAUCAUAAAAGAAAUAUUGUAAGAUUUUCAUUAAAUAAAUUAAAUAAAAGAUAUCUUGUUGAAGGAUUGAGAGAAUAUGAACCUUUGUCUACAGGAGGAUUAUUAAGGUUUAUGAAUCAUAUGAAAGAUCACAAGAAUUAUAUAAAUUCCCAAGUGAACAAAAUCAUAAGGAAUAAAGAAUAUUCAAAAAUUAAUUUUGAUAAUGAUAAUGGAAUUUGUUCACUAUCUUUACCAAAUCCAAUUCCUUCUUCUCAUUGGAUUUUAAAAAAACAUUUAGCUACAAGGAUAUUCCUAUUCAUAUUAAAAUCUUUGAAAAUGGUUUUUAUAAUCAUUGGACAUUUUGUAGACAACCAUUCACAUCCUUAG